AGGUACAUAUUUUUUGCUUUUUAUUUCGAAUUCUCUCUCUCGUGGAGGUUUUGGGUUUCAAGAAUUAAGUUUAUUUUGACAGGAAAACGUUGGGUUUUGGGAUUUGAAAGGUGGGUUUUUUAGAUCGACUGACUUCGACUGCGUUGGGUCUUCAGGAAGUUUCUCUAAUUCACAGAUUGUUCUCCUAUAAUUUAUAUUGUGUGGACUUGGCUUGUGGAUUUGAUAGUGCUAGCAAGAACAGGUUAUGAAAUUCAUUUGGUUAUAAUUCGCUGUUUCUUUUACCUGCGUUUCUAAUUAUGCUGUCUGCAGUGGGAUGGUUCCUGAUGGAAAUUUUCGGUUGGUGAUUUAAUUUUUAGUUGAUAUUGAGUGUUUGCUUUAAAUCUUUUCUUCUGGUCUUUCAGCUUUCAUCACGUAAGAAGUUGAGGACAUGCCUUUCCAAAAAAGAAAAAAAACAAAAGGGUUUUUUUUUCUUCCUUCCCUUCCCUAUCAAACUUCAGACUUCCUUUCUCUUCUACCUUCUGUUUGCUUUUGGGUUUAGAUGGGUCGGUGAUGGUUGCCAGUGUCUGAUGGCGAUUGCUGGCGCCGGAGAGGGGGAGCGCAAGUGGCAUGAAUUAAACAUAUUGAGGAGUUUCCACCUAAUUCUGUGGGAGAAGAAACUGAAGGAAGUAAAAGUAAAUGGAUUUUAUCAAAAUUGGAAAAGAAACUGAGAAAAGAGGAAUUAAUAAAAGCAAGGGAUUCCACAGCUUCAGUACAGGUUCUAAAGGGAAUCAAACCGAUGGUAAGAGGUAAAGGGGAGAUGGUGAUGUAGGUGGUGGAAGAGGUAUUUUGUUUUUAUCAGCCUCUAUCAUCUCCUUUCUCAAUGUCCCCCAUUUCUUCUUUUUCUUUUUUCUUUUUUUUUCCUCCAUGUUUUAUCUCUUUUCAUUUUCAUUUUUUGGGUUUCUUUGCUUUUGUGAGAUUUAAGCACCAGAAUAGUUAAUAGGAGAAAGACAACCCUCUCACAGUUGCUAAGUGAUCUCAUUGUCUCAUGGUGGGUUUAUAAACACCAUAAUAAACUCUUCUUUCGCUAAAGUUUUUAUUUUCGUUGUUUGCAAAUAGCUAUGGGAGCUUGAAGGUGGACUUAACAUUCCUGUACAUGUAUUUUUAUUGGUGAAAGCUUUUGACAGUUGCUGCAAUACUCUUUCAUUCUAGAGCAGAAUUCUUGCAUUUGUUCUUUAUUAUGUGUUACCAACUACUUUGUGGAGUAUGUUAUGGCCGUUAUAUAUAUUGAAAUAUUAUAUUGUAGAUUUAUAAGAUUUUUAUCCCCUUUUAAUUCCAAUUC